UUUUUUUUUUCUUUAUUUAUUUUUUCUUUUACAUCAUCAUAUGGCCUCAUUUUUCUUUGAAGACUAUUACUUUCCAAGUGAAUUAUAUAAUCGAGAAACAGGUGAUUUUACUACGCCUAUUCGUACUUUACUUGACUUUGCGCCUUUUAUUCUUGAAGAACUACCUAAAAAAGAAAAGGAUAAAAAACCAAUCAAGUCUGAUGCUGAGGAUUCUUGGACUAAAACUUAUCUUCUUCCAUCAAGUCAUUAUUUAACAUCUGUAUUAAAAUCAGAUAAAGCAAGAGCUGUCACUGAAUUUGUGAUACGUUGUGGAAAUGAGUAUUUAAAAUCAAAGGAAGAAGAUCAGAGGGGGUUUAGAGAAUUUAAAGAAGCUGCUGCUGCUAGCGAUUAUUAUAGAAGGAAAGAAAAAAAUAAGAAAAAGUAUCGUCAUAAAUGGUUUUUUAAUAGUAGUAGGCAAGAGGAUUCCUCAUCUGAAGAAGAAGAAGAAGAAAGAAGGGAAGAGGAAUUAAGAAAGGAAGAAAAGAGAAAACAAAAAGAACAGGAGAAACAACAACAACAACAACAAGUACUCGCUCCUUCUACAACUGCAUCUACUCUAGUCAAAUCUGCUGCUGCUGCAGGUUUAUUAUCAUUGUCACUUUAUUCGACUUAUCAAACGAGUGUCAAAUUUAAUGAAAUUUCAUUCCAUAAACAGCUUGAAAUAUUAAUCACUCAAGUGCAAUCUAUUAUCCAAAGCACUGAGGUUUGGAUCGAGGAACAUGAUAAAAUGAAUGAUAAAGUACCAAAUCAAGUGAGGACAGAUAUAAUUCUCUUAAAACAGCUUGUUGAUUAUUUAAUCAGAUUAGAUCCUCGGGCAAAUAAGAAAAUGGAAGCAGCAGGAUGGGGUUGCGGUGCUAUUGGUGGAUUAUCAGCUUUAGGUGGUAUUGCAUUGGGUAGUACAGCUGCUUUAACGGGUGGCGCUGCGCUUGCCUUAGGAGGCACCAUCGUGAUGAUAUCGUCAAAAGCUUCAGGCAAGAGCCAAUUAGGUGCUAGAUUAUUACUUGAAAAUCAAGUUCGUGAAAAAGUAGCAACCUGUCAAAAGAAUAGAAUUGAACGUGAAAAAGUCAUUGAACAUGAAUUUAUUAUUAAAGCAGAUGAAGCAAAUAUUGGUGAAAAAAGAAAGAAUAAAGAAGAGGGAAAAAAGGUAAACGAUAAAAAGAAGGUAAAGCAUGAGCUUCAACCACAGAAUUCAAUUAAGGAAGAAGAGAACGUAAUUUACAAUGAUAUUCCAAAUCUAAGAAAAGAAAGAAGUAAAAUCGCAUUGAAUUCAUAAUAAUGACAUCAACGUUAAAUCACUCGAGUACUUUUUUAUUAUUACCAAGUGAAUUAAUAUUCAUAUAUUAUUUAUUAUUAGAAGAAAAAGCCCAACCUAUUACUAUAAUAAAACUUACCUUCUCUUUCACCCUCUUUAUACAAUAGAUACAAGAAAAGUGACAGUGACAGUGGUGAUUUCAAACUAUUACUUUUAUCUCUUUUUUUUUUCUAUUUUUUUUUUUUUUUU